GCUUGUCGAAUACAGAAUAGGUACACAAUUUCUAUAGUCAAAUAUGCUAUUUAUUGCGGAAGUAAUGGCUUCCUAAAAUUUAAUUGCAAGCAUUAUUUUAUUAGUGUUAAUUAAUAUAGUAAACAAAUAAGAGAAUAAAUGUAAUGUUUUUCAGACAUUACAAGUGUGUAAGGUCUUGAAAUAUGAAAUUGACAAUUGAAGAGACAACUUGUAGAUGCUGGAUAUGAAACCAGCAGAAUUUUAAGAAGUUGAUAAUUUUACCAUGGGUGAUACGGGGGGUGCGAGUGCUCUUAGAAACAAGUUAAAAAUGAGAGAGGAAGAGGAGGAAGAUUCAGAAGAGACGUGGGAUAGCGAGGACGAUGAUGAAACGAUUGCGAGGAUACAGCGUGCUCACUUUGCUCAGGCGGCAGCUAUGAACCCAAGACGGCGAGCGCCCGCGCGCCCCAAACCCAUGAGCCAUAAAAGAAAAAUGGAAGCAGUUAAACAUUUCCAUGAUUUUACAAAAAAGCUCAAAAAAGACACAGGUAUAAGAAUUCGAAGUUUAGUUGGAAACAAUAUAUUAGAGUUAAGUGAUUUUUCUAGUGAAGCAAGUCAAUCAGACAGUGAUGGUUUAUCAGAAGAGGAAUUUGUGGUUAAUCCCAGUGCAGUUCAGGAGUUAAAUGAAGAAGAUAAUAGUUACAUUGAUCCAGAGACAGGUGAUAUUGUGGAAGCCAAGAAAGAUUGUGUAAAAAAAGACCAGCAAUUACCCUCGCAAGUCCCAUUGGAAGAGAAACCUGAAACGCAACAAGUAGAAGAGCCUAAGACUCUUUCUAUUAGUGAUAUUAUUAAUGAGGGUGAUUUAGAUCUAACUAAAAAUGUGGAGAUAGCAGAGGUGGAAGAAGGUGAACUCUGUCCAGAGAAAUCUGCAGAUGAAUUAUUAGGCAUAAAACAAGAAGAAAGUAGUCAAGACUUUGAUAUUACAGAGAAAUUAAAGGAAAUGGGAGAAAUAAGUGUGAAACCUGUAAGUAAAAAAGAGGAAGAAGAAAGUGAACCCUCAAAUGAAAAUGAAAAAAAAGCAGAGACUGAAGAUGAGAAAAAAUCUCUUAACACAAAUGCAUUGAAUGUUCGUCGAAAUAUCAGAGAGGUAAUGGAUGAGAAAAAUUUAGAUGCAUCAACCCUUGCUGCUCAAAGGCAAGAAUCUGAGCGCUUGGCUCGUGUCCAAGAACAACAAAGAAUAAUUAGAGAGGUACAGAGGCAGAUAGCAUUAAACCGGCAAAACAAAAUUCAUCAGAAAACAUUGUCAUUAUUACAAGGUGGAUCAUCAAUUUUAAAGAAAAUUCCUGGACAAAAAUUAAAUUUGCCAAACACAGUACUUGUCAAAUUGCCUUCUGGUGAAAUAAAGAAGACAAUGAAGCAAGGGCAAGUGGAAGUUACUAAAGUCCCAAAGCCAACCACAUCUGGUGCAAUACCUGGGAAAGUAGGUAAAAUGGAACAGAAGACUGAUAGAAAAGAGGUAGUAGAAAUUGUCGAUAGUAGCAGUGGUGAGGAAUCAUCAUCUUCAUCAUCAGAUUCUGAUGAUUGCAUAAUGCUAUCGGAUUCUGAAGUGCCACCUAGUCCAGAAGCUGAAGAAGAUCCUCAUAACUCUGGAUUACAUGUGAAUGAUGCUUACAAUAUUCCGGAUGAACAAGGCCGAGUUUUAAUCAACAUAGGACAUCCAGAGAAUGAAGAAGAUAUAUUCCUGGCUCCACAAAUUGCUAGAAUUAUUAAACCACAUCAGAUUGGCGGUGUAAGGUUUCUAUUUGAUAACAUAAUAGAAUCGGUGGAGCGAUUCUCAACAUCGACAGGAUUUGGAUGCAUAUUAGCACACUCCAUGGGCCUUGGAAAGACUUUACAAAUUGUUUGCUUCUGUGAUAUAUUCUUAAGACACACCAAAUCAAAUACUGUGCUAUGCAUCAUGCCUAUUAACACACUACAAAACUGGGUGGCAGAAUUUAAUAUGUGGCUACCAUUAGAUGCGACAAAUAGUCCUCUGGCAGCCCACGGGGAGGUCCGAGCGCGUAAUUUCCCCAUUUAUGUACUCAACGAUAGUCAUAAGACACUUCAAAUGCGCGCCAAAGUAGUCAAGGAUUGGUCUACCACGGGUGGAGUACUGAUGAUAGGUUAUGAAUUAUAUAGACUUUUAAGUAUGAAAAAGGACAAAAAACCUCGUAAGAAAAAGAAAGCUGAUGCGAAACAGGAAACUGAAAAAGAGAAGGAAGAAAAGAAAACUGACAAACUUGACAUUACUAAUGAAGAUACACAGAUUUCAGAUGAAUCAAAACUAGACAAAGAAGAUGGUGAUACGCAAGGAAAACUAGAAGUUGAGAACAAAGAUGAGGCUAAGAAAGAUGAGAAAAAAGAAGAUACACCCACUGAUGAAGAGAAGAAACUUUUAGAUGAGAUGUAUGAAGCUCUCGUUCGCCCAGGUCCUGAUUUGGUUAUCUGUGAUGAAGGACAUAGAAUAAAGAACUCCCAUUCAAAUAUAUCUUAUGCUUUGAAACAGAUGAGAACUAAACGAAGAAUAGUUCUGACUGGAUAUCCACUCCAAAACAAUCUCCUUGAGUACUGGUGUAUGGUUGAUUUUGUUCGGCCAAACUAUCUCGGUAGCAAAACAGAGUUUUGUAAUAUGUUUGAGCGUCCAAUACAAAAUGGUCAAUGUAUAGACUCUACGCCGCAAGACAUACGUCUUAUGAGAUAUAGAGCCCAUGUACUGCAUUCCUUACUUGUGGGGUUUGUGCAAAGACGAUCGCAUGCAGUGUUACAGUCCACCUUGCCGCAAAAAGAAGAGUAUGUACUUUUAGUACGUAUGACGCCAUUACAGAGGAAGUUAUAUGAUAGAUUUAUGAAUGAAGUGGUUCGGUCUACAUCUGUUCCUAACCCAUUGAAAGCGUUUGCUAUUUGUUGUAAGAUAUGGAACCAUCCAGAUGUUUUAUAUAACUUUCUUAAAAAACGAAGUGAAGCAAAUGCUGCCAUUGAAGAAGAUUUGGAUCUAGAGGAGUUGGGUGGUGUGACAAAAGCUGGUCGUGCUAGGAAUAAGGCACCUCCGCGUAGAGCCGCUAAACCUAGGGGUAACUCAAAGAAACCAGCGGCAACUAUUCCUCCAAAUACUACAACAGCGCCAGCUCCCCCUCGAUCAGACUCCAAUGUAUAUGGUAACCCACCAUACCCACCUAAUGGACCAUAUGGACCUCCCAAUGCAUACAGACCGGAGCAACCUAGCGGUUCUUAUCCGCCCUACCCAAAUUAUCCGAAUCCAGGACCUGGUUACUAUCCUCCAAACCAGAAUUAUAAUCAAAAUUAUGAUAAUAAUUAUUAUCAACAGCAACCACCUUAUAAUAAUGAUUACCCUAAUCAGUACCCUUCAAAUAAUUCCAAUUGUACUCCAGGAUAUAAUCAGAAUUACUGGGGAAAUGGCAAUUAUUAUGGUGGUGGUAAUUCUGGUGGUUACUUAGUGGAUAAUGCACAGUAUCCAAAUAAUCAACCACCACAUGACUAUAGAAACAACCCACCUCCUGAAUACAAUAAUCCACAACAAUAUCCACCGAAUUACAACACACCUUCAGGAGAACAACCUUAUCCUGAUAAUGCAAUGCAACCAUACUCAGGUAAUCAGGAAGCUUAUGGAAACCAACAGAGACCUCCGUAUCCGACGUAUAAUCAACCAGGGUACCCAGAAUAUAGUGCUAAUACUGCGUCGCCUUAUCAAAAUAACACACCCUCACAAGAGUACCCAAAUCAUCCUUACCCACCGCCUGCAUAUGCUGGCAAUUCUUCAUAUCCACCUAACACAUCCAACACAUUUAAUCACUAUGAUGGCUCUCAAAAUUAUCCAGGGUAUCCAAAUGCCCCAAACAAUCAAAACAAUGUGCCACCUGUUCAAAAUUUACCCAAUCAGCCGGUAAAAACGGAAUCAACUAUUACUCCAACUUUUCCAACAAAUGAGACUAAACCUGAACCUAAUAUGUCUCAAAAUGUGCCACCUACACCAUAUGGAGAUCCAAGCUAUGCAUAUCAAACAAAUACGCCAAGCUAUCCUGACCAACAAGGAAACACUAAUGGCAAUUAUCCUUGUCAAUAUCCUAGUUUUCCAGCACAUUUAGAAACUAAACCUCCUUUGGGAAGUGCAAGUUCGGGAAGUCCAGUUACAUCUUGGCCUAUCACAGAGAUUAAGACUGAGAUUGACAAAUUGAAAAGUGAAGAAAAAAUUGAAAUGAAAUCAGAAUCAGAUGGUGAAGUUAAAAUUGAAGACUUGGAUACAAAAAAAAUUGUUAAAAAUGAAAUAAAAAAACAACCAACAGAUAUGGUUCCACCUACAAUUACUAAACCAGAAAACUCAAAGAAAAAUGAAAAGGACACAAAAAGUGAUGUUUCUGAAUCUGAAGAAGUGGAUACCCCAAAGAAAGGAAGGUCGAAAGGUAAAGGUAGGGAAAAUAAGAAGUCAGAAAAGGCGAAACCUAAGAGUAGAUCUAAAGCUAAAGGCAGAAAAGACAGAAAAAAGUCGAAGGAGAAAAAUGACAACGAUUCCGAAUCUGAAGAUAGUGACAAAGAAGAAAAACCUAACAGGGAAGAAGAAUUGGCCAUGGUCAAAAAGGCAGAAGAAAUGACUUACGAUUGGGCAUCUGAAUUAUUGAAAGAUUAUAUACCAGGUAUAAUCGAAAAUUCUGCGAAGAUGGAAUUGUUUUUUUAUAUUUUGAAUGAAAGUAUUAAGCUUGGCGAUAGAAUAUUAUUAUUUAGUCAAAGUUUGUUUACAUUGAAUUUGAUUGAAGAUUUCUUAGAGAAAAAUUAUAUUCCUGGAACAAAUUGCUUGUGGGAAAGAAAUACAAGUUAUUAUCGGUUAGAUGGAUCUACGCAUGCUCUUGAGCGCGAAAAACUAAUAAACGAAUUUAAUACCAACCCACAUAUCUACUUGUUCCUGGUGUCGACGCGCGCGGGUUCUCUCGGCAUCAAUCUUGUGGGUGCGAACCGUGUCAUCGUCUUUGAUGCUAGCUGGAAUCCUUGCCAUGAUACACAGGCUGUCUGUCGGGUGUAUAGGUACGGUCAACGAAAACCUUGUUUUGUAUAUCGCUUCGUGAUGGACUGGUGCCUCGAAAAGAAAAUUUAUGAUCGUCAAAUCAACAAACAGGGUAUGGCGGACCGUGUCGUCGACGAAUGUAACCCAGACGCAGUACUAUCUAUGAAGGAAAUCACCAAUCUUUGCUUUGAUAAUGAUGAAAAGGAAUCUGAGCCAAAAGAUCUAUCAGCAUUUAAAGACAAAUACAUAGACGUAUUGAUGCAAGGAAUCAUAUCUGAUCAUGGAAAACUCCUCAGCAAGGAACCAUUCCAACAUGAGUCACUACUAGUUGACAGAAAGGAAAAGAAGUUAUCUAGUGCAGAGAAAAGACUUGCACAAAGAGGAUAUGAGCUAGAGAAGAAGGCGGCGCUGGCACCGAAGCCGGCGGCAGCAUACCGUACUGUACGUACGGCGGAUGGCAGCGUGGUGCAGCGGCCUGUCGCCUCCGUGCGACCCAUGCAACAUGGCGCGCGCUGGAUCCCUGCCGACGUGUGGCGCCGCCAGGGCAUGACCGCGCAAGAAAUGACGCUGCCAUUAGAUGUAGUGAUUCCAACAAAUUCAGCUGAGAAAACGAAUAUCGUAUUGAAAGCUGGUCAACGUGUUAUGGUGUUAAAAUCACCGAAGGGAAUUUAUAUGCAGCUUGAAUCUGGGAAGAUUAUUGCUAUCAAGACUUCAUUUAAAGGCUUAGGACAAAAAGGAGGAGAUAAUAAGGACAACCCUGUCGGAAAAAAAGUUUUAGGUGGUCGUCCAACAUCCACGAAUAUACCUGGCUCCCUUAAAAAUAAUUCAGCAAUAACAAUCACAUCUAAAACGGGCGCGAGACCUGGUUAUCAGCGAGUUUUAGCUCGACCCUCGAUGGUUGGUCAAAACAAGUUAGCCAGACCUAUGCUUCCAGGUCAAAAAAUAGCCGAUAUAAGAAAUCGACUAGGGGAAUUAAGAGCAUAUUCUGGUAUGCGUCCAAGAACACCUCUUCAACAUGGAAGGAUAAUGCGUCCAAAUUUGUCAGGAUCUGUAAGCAUAACGAAAAUAACGAAAGAUUCCAAGAAGUCAGAUAAUGAAAAUAAUGAAAAUAAUACUACAAAUAAAAUGGAUGUUGGUUCUGAAGAUGACACUCAAGUAUUAGAUAGUGAUGACGAAGUUUCCUACAAGCAAAAUAAGGCAGAGGCAUCGUCGAGUAAUAAAUUUAAGAAUAGCAAUAAUAGAAUUGAACAUUCAGAAGAUUCCAAAUCUUCUGAUGGUACAGAAAAAUCUAAGAGUGAAUCUGAAUCAAAAAGGUCUGAAUCUAUUGUUCUUACAACAGAUGAAAAAUUACCACCAGAAGAAAAUUUAGAAACCAAAACUGCAGAUCAUACUAUUGAUAUGUCUAUGGCAGCACGUGAAAAGGUUGAGCAAUUCGAAUCUGCCAAUGCUGCUGAUCGUGUGGAGAGAAAAAUCAAUUUACUGAAAAAUUACAGACAUCAACGCUUAAGCAGCAGACCCCAGACUGAAUCGAGUUUAAGUCAAUUAGAAAGAACUGCAAGUGUACUAAAUAAAGAAGGAAUGCCCGAUUUUCGGAAAAAUUUAGAUGACAUAACUCAAUCAUAUUCUCCAAGUAAUGAUGAAAAACCUAGCAUUAAAUCUAAGAAGAAAAAAUCUCCGAAUAAAUCAGAAUUAGCAGUAGAAUCCCAAAUUAACGAAAGGCAGCUUCCAUCUAAUUCUAACAUGUCCCAUAGUGUAACAAAUCUCUUAAGUUCAGGCAACGCAUCGCAAAAAUGUAGAAAAAAUGAACAAAAUACUGCCCCCGUUGCGCCAUUAGAAAAUACUGCACUCAAUUCUCAGUCUAGAAUAAUCAGUAGACCACCGAUGUCUAACGUGCCCCAUGACAUGUCGAUAAGUGGAAUGGCCCAUCCACAUAUACUCCCUGGACAGCCUUUGAGGCCUGCUAAACCACAACCAACCAGUGUAGUCCAUGCUGGUAUGGAUGUCACAAAGAAUUCAGCAUCUCCGAAUGUAGCGCACUCUCAGAGUCCCAUGACGCCUCAGGCAUAUCCACCUGCCAACCCUCCACCAGAGGGUACUUAUGGACAAUAUCCAGCUUAUGGAAUGCCGCCGUACGGGACAUACCCAAACCCGGCGUAUUACGGCGGGUAUGGCAGUGCAGGCUAUUACGGUCCGUACAGCGCGGGGGCGCCACCGUACUCGGGAGCGAUGCAGGGCGCGGGGCCGGUCGCGGGCGCGGUGGCGGGCGCGCCCCCGCUAAACGCUCCCGACUACCUACCGCCUAACCCACAGUGGUAAACUCCCAGACUGAGGAAUAUCGGCAACCGAUAUCGGGAACAUUAUAUCGCGAAUCGCUACGAUACGGCGAGUCCCGUACGCGGGUGCGGCGUGACUGAUUUUUACGUUUAUUGCGUACGUACGUGUAGUGUGGCUUUAAAUGACGUUACUGUGACGAUUUCUAAACUAGACGGCAAAUGACUUUUACGUCGUGUUAAGUUGAUAUUUCUGUAUGGAUAUUCGGUCUGUAUUGAUUGCAAUUUCUCCUUACUAUUUAUAAGAAAUCGUUCUAUUAAUGUUAAACACUUUCAGUCACUUGUUAAAACGACAAAAGAGUGAAAUAUUAAAAUUUCUUUUACAUUUAUGGGUGAAUUAAUGUCCAUAUUUAUAUGUUUAAAUAAAAUUUUAAACUUAUGCUCCUUUGCGAUGUUGAUUUUUAAAACAGCAUUUACACUUCAAUUACAAUUUGCGGCAGAUAAUUUGAACAAAUGAACAAAACUAUAGGAAAUAAAUAAAACUAAUAAAAGAAUAAAACCAUAGUUUAAGCAGUAAAUAUUUUUAUACGCAAAAUUACUACUGCUUAUGUAAUGGUACUUAAAUCUUGUUCAAGUCAUUUUCCGUUACUUGUACAUUGAUUGAAGGCGAUUAACAGACAUCAAGUACUUAUUACAUGUAUUUGAAAUAAAUGUUAAUGAGUAUACGCAGUUAGAAUUUUUUAUGAACAAAUUUAAUUUUAACCAUAUUAUUGUCUAAAUUCUUGUAUUAUUACAAUAUAAUAUAAAUAGUUGGUGAGUGUAGAAAAAUUUCAAGUACAGAAUAUUCAACCCCAUUAGUAUGAAUGGUUAGAUGUUUAGUAAAGUCUUUCCAUUACUGUGGCUAUGGAUUGGUCGAUGGAUGUGAUACGUUGCUAAUCUAGUAUUAAGUCGAAUAUAGCGUGUAUGGAAUAUUUAUCAAAAUAUUUUAGCUUAGAUAGAUAGGCGCCCAUAGGUAUCCUAGAUUAUUUAGUUCUCAUUUAAUCAUUCAACAGGACCGUGAUAAGUGUUUAUUAAUAUAUAUACAAAUUAGAUGUAUGCAGUUUCUAUGCGUAUAAACCGUUUAUCUGAUCUUAUUUUUGUGUUUUAGCACAAUGUGAUCUGAACGUGGAAAUCUAUUAUGAACCUAUCUUAGGAAAUUAUUUGUAAAUUUCUAUUUUUUCUUUGGUGUGUUUUUGAAUAUAAUUUUAUUUGUAUGCAUUUUAGGUUGUGUUUCUAAGACAGUGAGAUUAUUAAGCAGGCUCAAAGCUUUUUCUUAAAAAUGUUUUACUGAUUUAAAAAUGCGACUUUUUUACACUAAUGUAUAUUUUAAUACGAAGUGAGUGACCAGUGUAUGUAUUGUAUAUAGCAAUGUCUUUUUUAGGUCUUGCCUAUAAUUAUGGCGAUAGAAUUUUGCCUAAGUUGUAGAAUUAUCCUUAAAUCAUACUCAUCUCUAUUGAUUUAUUAUAUACAGAAUCCCUUAUACGAAACAUCAUCGUAAUUAUUAGGACUUAAAAAGAAUUAGUGAAAGAUUAAUAGUUUAAAAAUUAUUCAAAGUAUAAUUAAAAUUGAAGUCUGAUUUAGUGAUGUCACAAUGGUAGUAAUAAUGUAUGUUAUCCUUCAGCAGUAUUAUUUAUUUACUUAUGUAUGUCAUGUACCUAUGCCAUUUGGAAUGUAAGAGAUUUAUGGACUAGUAUAACACAGUUCAACUUAAUUUUUUUUUAAUAUUUGAAUUUGGUAGAAGUUUUUUAGAAGUGUGAAUUUAAUUAAGAAAAGCCUACUAAUUUAUGACAUCGAUUUUAGCUUAAUUUUUGUGUGUACUUUUAAUCUGCAUACACACCAGAAAAAAAGUAGAAACAUCUAUACUACUUUUAAAUUAAUAUAUUUUUUCUCUUUAUUUAUAUGUUGUCCUGUGUACAAAUAAUAUUCGGCAUUACUGUUCGAAGUGAUACAUAACAUUGCAUUUUAAAUUGGUCAGAUAGUACUGUACCGGAGAUAUCCAAUAAAGAAAUACCGUAACAGUA